CAGCUGAAAACUUUAAAAGUCGUUUUAUAGCAGAUAAUCUAUAUUUUAUAUGCUGCGUAUUUUUUCGAAACUCGUUUUAAAUUUUAUAAAUUUCAUAUAAUGCGUACCAGAAAUGUGUGCUCGUGGAUUGUUCUCCUUUCGCUAGUGUCAUUUGCAGAUUGCUUCUGGGGUGAUAGUGUUAUUCGAGACAUGAUAAAUAGUUUUUCUAGUGUUGCAGAGGACGAUGAAUGUGAUCAACCCGAUUUGUGCAAUGAGAUGCAAAUUAUGUUGCAUUUGGCUUGUAUACGGGUGACGAGUCCGGAACGCAUAUUACUUUUAUUGACAUGGGACUCUGUAGGCAACACGUGUAACAGCACACACCGGGUUUUGGGUCACAUAAACGACACACUCACAGAUUGUGUGCCGUCACCUACAACCAAUCUCUAUAUGCGGCUGUAUCGUGCACUAGAAUUCUUUGACGAACAAAUUUGCGGCAGAGCCGAAACCAAGUCGAAACAUCUGGAAAAUUAUCGCAGUUGUAUAUCAGAACUCCGCGACGACUUUAUUGAUUGCGAGGGUCCGGCAGAUUGGUUUGAAAAACGAAGUAAGGCGUAUGUAUGCAGGCAAUUUACCGAAAUAAUCAACUGUGACUACAUAAGAACAGCUCUGCUCUGUGGUCUUAAGCCUGCGCGUAUGUUGCGAAGUUUUGCAGCCGAAAUUAUAAACAAAGCGUUAGUGGUAAGCCGUUUAAAUUAUAUACAUACACGCAUAUCUUCACUCGUAAAUGUACAUAUUUUCUAAAAUAUAUUCAGUUUUAUUUUCUGAUA